AUGACACGACUUCGAGAGAAUAAGCAAGGUAUUGACGCGUGCAUCAUGAGCGCGCCCAUUGACGACCUCCUGUUCGGCGGAGACGACUCUGGAGAUGAAGACGACAUGAACACUUCCAUGCGCUCGUUCAGUGGCGUCCCUCUCGCCGCGGCUGUAGCGCCACCGGGAGGUCUAUUAGCACCUGUAUCCAAGCCAAUCACGCCUCCUGCAGGCGCGACGCCCAUCCGCCCACAGCCACAGCCUCUAGCGCCUACUCCUUCGCCCGCUAUACCGGCCGUACCCUCCGCCACGCCUGCUAAGCAGUCGCCCGGCUCGGGCCAGCAAAUGUUCCAGCAAAUGUUCGCGUUGCUCAAGCAAAUGUUGCCCGUCGAGCAGUACGCGGCGUUGCACUCAGAGAUGCGUAAGGGCAACGGCAACGACAUCAAAUCCAUCGUGGAUAUUAUCAAGCGGAUCGCAGGCGACGCCAUCUUCUCCAGCGUCAUCCAGAAGAUGGAUCUGACACGGACCUUCCCCACCAAUAGCACGCCGGGAGCUUUAAGCGCUGUUAAACCGGAACCAGGAGCUCCGACAGCCUCUCCGGGAUCUAUGGGCAGACCGCUUGCAGCCAGGACAGCUGUGACGACCACUGCGUCACCGAAAGUCACGGCGAUAGCGCCGAACACUCGUCCUAUCGCUGCUGCCCCGCCGACACUCGCAGCUGCGCCUGUAGCGAUGCCGGCGUCGAUUGCCGCCCAGAUUACGAGACCGACGUCGAUUCAGCCGGCAGCCGGGACAGUCAGCACGCUGCCAGCGAUGUCCGGAGUGAAGCCGGAGCCUGCAGCAGCCACAGGAAACGCUCCCAACACGACAACGACGUCGCCGCUUGACGCUGUCGCCCAGUCCAGAAAUGAAGCGCUGGAGAAGAUCAUGUUUGCCAAGCGCUUACUGUCGCACGCAGCGACCUGUUCGCUGGGCCACGGUGUGUGCCAGGUGAAGAAGUGUGACGACGUGCGUCGUGUGUUCAAGCACAGCUUGUCGUGUGGAGGGACGAACGGGUGUUCGCAUUGCGAGCAGCUGAAAGGACUGGUCAAGUACCACGCGAAGGAGUGCGCCGUGGGGAUCACAGACCACUGUUCGAUCCCGUUCUGCGACGGCUUAAGGCGAAGUUAUGCCCAGAAUCAAGCGACGUUGGCAGCCAAGGCGAAGGCAGCGCAAGCCGCGGGCAUUAGACGCGGCGUCGGAAGUGACGACGACGAUGACAACACGCCGCUGUCUUCUGCUGUGAAAGGCAAGAAAAACGUCAAGACAAAGUCGCCCAAGAACGCGCCUCUGAAGCGGAAAGUGUCGAACGCGUCGCUCCCGAGGACCGACAGCCCGUCGCUCGGACCUUCUUCCACCGUGUCGACUCCUACCAACGCGUCGACUGCCGCUGUCGCUGCUGCCAAGCCCCAGCAGAAGAACGUUACGGCCAACAUGACGCAAGAGUAUGGUCGACUGCUGCAGUUGAUUCUCCACGUGGAGAAGUGCACGACCGCGGCGUGUCCUGUGGGUGAAGAGUGCGUCGAGUCGAAGACUAUCAUGAAGCAGAUGAGCUCUCCGAACCCCCCAGCUCGUGCCAAGACCUACAAGCAAGUGUACGGCCACUACAAGACGUGUGUGGCGAAGAAUAACACUGCCAACUGCCCCAUGUGCAAGAUCGGACUCCUGCCGAUACUGCCAGUUCCCGUCCCAGUAGCGUCGCCGCCAGCUGUCAAGCCCUUCGUCCCCACUGUGACCACUACCGCUCCAGCUGUGACCUCGUCGCCGUCAGCGUUAAAGCGCAACAGCACGGCUGUGUCGCCGACGCCGCGUUCUCCCUUAAAGAAGCCACGGACGAACUCCACGAGUCGAGGGAAGGCCACAGCUGCUGAGGUGGCGGCGUUGAGUGCUGCAGCGUCCGAAUUGGUCAGUCAAGAGCUCGCCCAAGCCAGUGUCGCAGAUAUCCGCAAGGAAGCUGAUGUGCUGACACACACGAACAUCGAGCUGGGCAAUGAGCGACGCAUCAUGAUGGAGGGAGGAGUGCGUCGUGUGCGGAUGAGUGAACAGCUGCCGUGUGUGAAGGAGGAGUGGGUGGAGAAGGACUUAUUUAAUUCCGAGAAACUACGCGCCCAGGUCGGCGAGGCCGGCCGACGGUCGGGGGUCCAGGUUGGCGGCCAGACCAGCGACGUGAUGGCGUACGCGCUGCACGUAUACUUGAAGCAAGUGAUCGAGGAGAUGGUGGAGGUCUCCAAGCAGCGUGGCGACUCGCAGGCGCAGACUCUGGAAGCUCUACAAAAGGCUCAUGGCCGACCACCCGGAGCUCACAUGGAGCUCACGGCGACGGAUAUCUUGCGUGUAAGCUGCGAGGACUCGUUCAAGAGCUUGCGACAAGAAGAUCUGGCGCGACGCUCGCAGUUGUUGGAGGACGCCAAGCGUGAAGAGCAGAUCGAGAGGGAGCGCGCCAAGAAGCGCAAGAAAGUGGAUCGCAGUAAGCUCAACCAAGACGAGCGAGACGAAGCCGAGAUGGACGUGGAAGAGCUGGCAGUCAAGGACCUGAAGGAGCGUCUGUUGCAGCAAGACAAGAGCGGUGUCGUCAAAGUGGAGGGCCGUGUGAACGAGAGCAUUUCGGCCAGGUACGCACCACGACAGAUGGACAACCAAGUGACGAUGGAGGACGCCAACUUCUGGUUGCUGAGUCAGAAGCCAUACAUCCGCCCCAAGCUCUUGGUACGCGCCGAGGCUGCUCGGAUCGUGACCAAGUCGCUGCUCUGA